AUGACUUCGAAAUGGAUUCUUCGAUUGCGAGAAAAGCGUCGGAAGCGAAAGGAAGCCAAGGCGCUCAAGAAGCAGGCCAAAAAGGAGAAGGAAACAAUGCAGGACAAUAAAUUUGAUGCAUCAAAAUCAAUUGCUUUAGAAGAAUUGAGUAGCACAACAGAAUCAAAUGCAGAUUAUGUGGUUGAGAAUGAGUUGCCACAAUCUGCAGUGGUGGCUGAGCCUGUAGCAGACCUGAAUUUGGUGAAGCCCUCAAAACAGCAGUUAAAUUCUGGUAGAAAAUCCAGCUUAGACAGUGACACGUCUAGCUCGGCUGAAGAUUCUUCAAGCACAGACGAUGACACUAGCUCUGAUGAUGAUUCCAGUUCCGACGACGCUUCCAGUUCUGACGACGAUUCCAGUUCCGACGAUGACUCCAGUUCUGAUGAAGACACCAGCUCCGAUGAUGACUCGAGCUCCAAUGAUGACUCGAGCUCCGACGACGAUAGCAGCUCUGAUGACGACUCAAGCUUUGACAGUUCGAGCUCGGAUUCACACCCUGAGAGUGAACGAAAAAAGAAACAAAGGCGCAGAGGAAGGAAGUGA